AAUACACUGCAUUGCUAUAUUUUAGUAAACUGGGCAUAUUGCUGUAUUCGUCGUAACCCCAGUCCAGAGUUACUGGUCGUCCAGCCGCUUGCCUGAUCAAAAUUAUUUGUCAGUUACUCUGGUUGUGGUUUGCGGUUAGCUGGCUAGCUAAUCUGGGUCCCUGUCUGUCAGUAGCUCAGAGCCGUGACAGCUGAAAAUACUCUUUUAUCCGUAGCUGUGUGCUGAAUACAAUCGCCACGAUGUUUGAGGAGGCUAGUGAAGUGUUCGAUAACAUGUUUAAAUCAUCGUUUCCCCUCACCUUCAUUGUGUUUAUCCCCGCGGUGCUGAUCCUUGUGUCACCGCUCCCGGCCGAGGCGGCACAUGAGUUCACGGUGUACCGCAUGCAGCAGUACGACCUGCAGGGACAGCCGUACGGUACCAGGAAUGCCAUCCUGAACACAGAGGCUCGUACUGUGGAGGCAGAGGUACUAAGUCGUCGCUGUGUUAUCAUGCGGCUGGCAGACUUCUCCUAUGAAGAGUAUCAGAAAGCCCUGCGCCAGUCGGCCGGGGCUGUGGUCAUCAUCCUGCCCAAGAACAUGUCUGCUGUGCCUCAGGACAUAGUGCAGCAGUUCAUGGAGCUGGAGCCAGAGAUGCUGGCCACUGAGACCAUCGUCCCCGUCUACUUCGCCAUGGAGGACGAUGAGCUGCUGUCCAUCUAUACCCAAACCCUGACUUCCUCGUCCUCACAGGGAUCCUUAUCGGCAGCUGAAGUUCUGCUGCAUACAGCCACAGCCAACGGCUUCCAGAUGGUCACUAGUGGAGCGCAGAGUAAAGCCAUCAGUGACUGGGCCAUCACCAGUUUAGAGGGCCGUCUGGCUGGAGUUGGAGGAGAGGAUCUGCCUACUAUUGUCGUGGUUGCUCACUACGACUCCUUCGGUGUUGCUCCAUGGCUGUCGUAUGGCGCAGACUCAAAUGGUAGUGGAGUGUCCAUGUUACUAGAGCUGGCUCGUCUCUUCUCGAAACUUUACACCUACAAGAGGACACACGCUGGGUACAACCUGCUGUUCUUUGUAUCCGGUGGGGGAAAGUUUAACUACCAGGGCACCAAACGUUGGCUGGAGGACAAUCUGGACCAUACGGACUCCAGUCUGCUGCAGGACAACGUAGCCUUUGUGUUGUGUCUGGACACUCUGGGGAACGGAGACUCUCUGCACCUCCAUGUGUCCAAACCUCCCAAAGAGGGAUCUCCACAGUAUUCUCUGCUCAAGGAGCUGGAGAUGGUGGUUGCGAGUCAGUACCCAGAGGUCAAGUUCUCGAUGGUCCACAAGAAAAUCAACCUGGCAGAUGACAUGCUGGCCUGGGAGCACGAGCGCUUCGGGAUCCGCCGGCUGCCGGCCUUCACGUUGUCCCACCUGCCCUCCCACCGCCUGGCUCAGCGCUCCAGCAUCAUGGACGUGCGGUCAGUGUCCCCCUCCUCUCGCCACGGAGCGGGAGAGCCCCCUGCUGGGCCUCAUGUAGAUGUUAAGAAACUCGGCAGGAACACCAAGGUGGUAGCAGAAGCACUGGCCAGAGUCAUUUAUAACCUCACUGAAAAGGGGGCUCCUGGAGACCUGCAGAUCUUCACUGAGCAAAUGCAGGUUCAGGAGGACCAGUUAUCAGCAGUGGUAGACUGGCUCACAGCGCAGCCCCGAGCCGCUCAGCUGGUGGACAAAGACAGCAGUGUGGUGUCCACUCUGGAGUAUCACCUCGGACACUACCUCAAGGAUGUCAAGAGACACUACGUCAAAGCUGACAAAAGGGAUCCAGAGUUUGUAUUCUACGACCAGCUGAAGCAGACAAUGAAUGCCUACAGAGUAAAGCCUGCUAUUUUUGACUUGUUGCUGGCCGUCUGCAUCGCAGCGUACUUAGGGAUGAUGUAUCUGGCCAUCCAGAACUUCGGAGUCCUGUACAGUGUUGUCCGUAGAAUCACCCAGCCCAAGACAAAGGUCCAUUAAGCCGUACGACCCCCCCCGAUCUUACUCUUCUCUCCUCAAAUCAAAAAACUUUAGCCAGUAAGAACACAGAAGCUGGGCUGAGCUGCUGUUCUCGUGAUGGUUUUCAAACCAGCAGAAUCCGUUUCCUUCAUCCUGCUCCACAAACUAUGAUGUCAGAUCCUGUCCUGCUGCCAACUUUAUCCAUUUGGUCUCACGGACCAGAAUAAUCAGGAAUCAUUUUUCACUCUCCCUGUCUUCACGAACACAGAUGUCUUGUCAUUCAUGUACGAUAAUCCCAAAUAUUUGAUAGUUAUUUGAUUUUUGUUAAGGAUAUAAAGCAUUUGUCUGCACCUCUGAGAUCUACCUAUGAUUAAGUGAGAGUUUGUGGUGUUGCUGUACCACUGGUCGCUCCUCAUUCCUCCUCUCAGUAUAUACCGUUCGAGUGAUCAUUCUGCCAAACUGACGUCACGUGUUGUUUCAGGCAGCUACAGGGAGAAACUGACCACACAGAGUUUAGCCCAGAAUUUCUUAAAUCGAGAGAUGUGUUCACCAAACUUACUGUUAAAGGGAUGCGUUCACAUUUUUUUCAGGCAGCCUUAACGUAACACUCGUUCCCAUGAAAGUGUUAAAUUGUUGGCCACUGUAAUUAUCCUUUUUCUCCUCACAGCUCCAAAAACACCUGAUAUUUAGCUGAAGAUGCAUUAAAAAGGAUGAUUGAAGAUGCCCACAUGGCUCACACUUGAGCUUCAUUUUAACUUCAGAAUACAGCAGUUUUUCUCCUUUGGCCUGUGACUGAAGAUUAUUUUCAUCAGCAAAUGAUCUGUUGUUCAGUUUUUUUGAUUUAUUGAUCCAUUGCUUCAACCUGAAAAUGUCAGAAAACGGAGUGUAGGCGUUUAAAUUGCAUUUUUCGACCUAAAGGUAAAUAAAUAUGAAAGGUAACAAAUCACUUAAAAGGAAAAAACAGAAAAAAAGCUGGGUCCACAAAGUGUCUAUUUGAUUAUCAAACAUUUGACCACUGACAUUCUAUUAGCCUGAUAUUAUUAGUGUAGUUGUGUCAUUGGUAAAGAGACAAUUUAUAAUCAGUGACCAAUAACUUUCACUGCACAUAUGGGCACGUGAUUAUUGUGAUGAGACAGACUUGGGGGUGAAAAAAUGUAAACCUAUUCUUUGAACGCUCAGUGAAAAGACUCCUGACACAAACAUCGUUUACAAAUAAGACGAGUUGUCUGAAAUGUGAAGUAGUGUUUAGAUAAUCCUGAUUCCAUUGCCUUGGUAGUGAAAAUAUUGAAAGAAACAUUCAAGUCCUUGCCAAAUAAUUAUUGUAUGUACUAAUCUUCCCCCUUUCCUCCCAUUUAAUAUAUAAUGGUUAUAGAAAUUUAAAGCAGAUUCCAUCUUUUUCCUUCUUGCUUCGUGUGUUACGUUUUUCUGUAGUCGAGAUUUGAUUCCUGUUGCUGUGAGACCUGGUGUGUCUUAUUUUUAACACUCAAGUCUUUUUUUUUUUUUAAAUCUUAAAUUGAUUAAAAAAAAAAAAGUCAUGCUGGUGAAGUAUCUCAAAGCUUGUGUUUUAAAAGGUCACAUGCAACAAACAUGUUUUUUGUCUAAUCGGAGCACAUGUGUGUAAAGUAUGUACGAGUACAAAGUGCAACACAUCAUGGCGAGAUAAAGCUUCCCCCCUUUACUCCUCUUUAUCAGUAGAAAACGUGCUGAAUUUCACCUUUUGCUGACUGUAGCAAUAAUGUGAUUGACUUAAUCAGACUUUUAAAGCCUUGUUGAGAUUGCGGGUCAAGAGAGCACUGCAGUAUUUAUACACUGGAUGUCUUUAAAAUGGGCAGUAACAAAGGGUGUUGGAUUAAAGGGGCUAAAUAUAUUAAACACACCUAGAAUAUGAAUUUCAUGUGUGUAAAGUUAAUACUGCAGCGUUUCCUUGACCUUGACCUUCUCUCUGCCCUGGUCUUGCCUUGUUGUGGGUGAAUGGUGUUUAUUUGACUUUUUGUAUUUUCCAUGUGUAACUGCAUGACUCCUGACCACUCCCCGACCCCCGUCACCAUGCUUACAAUGGUGAGACUCUUUUUUUUAUUUACCAACACGAGGGAAAUACUGUGUGGAACAUAUGACUUUUUAAUUUAUUGAAGCAGUCAGUUUUCAUUCGUGCACUGAAAUGGACUCUCCUCUGGUCUGAACUCUGUUUCACCUCAUCCACAACACUUGAUCUUUGCAAGGAAAAUGAUAUCAAUUGUGAUUAAAUAAAGAUUAAAUUAAAGGAAA